GCGCGCGGACAGCUCGGAGUUUGGGGCUCGGAGUUUGGGGAGUGACGCAGGUGCGAUGCCCGGGAACAUGAGCAAAGAGCUCACGUUCACCAUAGACCACAUCCUCAACCUGAAACAGAGGAAACAUGUGGAGCCAGAGCAGGACGUCCCGGGACACGACCGCGCCAAUCACAGAGCAGAGACGGAGAGCACCGCCCCGAGGCCCGGGACAGAGAGGCCCGGGACAGAGAGGCCCGGGACAGAGAGGCCCGGGACAGAGAGGCCCGGGGGCCCGCGGGCCGCGGUGGAGCCCAAAGCUCCGGUGAAGAAGAAGACCCGCACCAUCUUCUCCAAGCGGCAGAUCUUUCAGCUCGAGGCGACCUUUGACCUGAAGCGGUACCUGAGCAGCUCGGAGCGCGCGUGCCUCGCGAGCUCCCUGCAGCUCACAGAGACUCAGGUCAAGAUCUGGUUCCAAAACCGACGGAACAAACUCAAGAGACAGAUUUCCUCGGACCUGGAGGACAAGCACGCGCACGCACAGACGUACAAGGACAGUCGCGCGCUCGGCGGGUGCCUGCUGCCGGUGCCUUUCCCCGUGACCUACCCGGGACACUGCGCUGCGCCCUACGUGUACUUUACCCACGGAGGAGCGUGCUACGGGCUCGUGGACACGGAUCUAUAACAGAACAGGCC